GCCUCACUGCAAGUUCUUAAAUUAGUAUACAUUAUUAACAACACGCGUUGCCACAGGCCUGAAUUACUCCCGACACCGUAGGCCUAUUGAAUACUCAUACUGUAUUAUGGACUAGUGUGUUGCGUCUGGCCUGUGCGCUGUGUAGAUUGACGGAAUGUCUGCGCAGGCGCACCCGCGUUCGAGUGCGCGAAUCAGGCCAUAUUUCUCGAAUAACACACCGAACAUUUGUGUCUUAUUCCUUCACAUGACUUCCUCUGUAGUCUUACGAAAUGAAAUGCAUUGUUAAGUACAACAAAAUCUCCAAAAAUGAACAAAGAGUUGAUAAAACAAUCCCAUUUUAUACUGCAGAGAACGGGAAAGCAGAAAGUGAAACGAUACUUAACAUUCAAUACUGCGCAAGUGUUAUAGGAAAAAGAAAGUCCAGGACAAGGGAACAAAACACGCUCGGCGGACCUCGCCACCUUUCACAAGCGCGCUGUGCGAAGAGUCGGGCCCAUAAUGCAUCAUUGAGCGCAGGAGCGCAUGCGCAGUGGCGUAUUGUGGUGUCCAGAGCCACGGCUGCCGCAAAGUUGCGCGACAAAAAUACCGAGCGUGCUGAGUGGCGAGUGCUGCCGAGAAGUAAGUUUGUGCCGUGUUCGAGGAAGGGAAAAGGCCAGGCGAGCCAACCCCACUAGUUUUAUCAGAGCUGUGGUGCGUGCGUGCGUGCGGGCCAACUCGACACAUUUAUUUCUCCAACUAAACGCGUCUCUUCUUAUCGACUGCGAAAACAGACCGGUCUUCUACAACAGUGUUGUUGUUGUUAUUGUUGCUGCAAUGUUGUGUUGUUUGUAGGAAAUAAUUUAUCGGAGGAGGAUUAUAAGGCGUUUUCGUGGACACGAUGGCGACGAACUGUAAACACACAGAGUGGAUCUUGGAGACUAUCGACCACCUGAGGAGGCGAAAAGCCCGUCCGGACUUGGACCGAAUCUGCCAUGUGGUGAGACGUCGUCACGGGCUGAGCGCUGCCGAGACAGAAGCGAAAAUCGAAAAACUUGUCGACGCAGAAAUUGUUAUAAAAGUCGACUACAAAGGAAGCACGAGCUACAGAAACGCAGCAAAGUGGAGGAAAAGCAUGCUCGGUUGUGCUGUAAUGAAUUCUACCUCGAUCUCCACAAAAAUAUUGCGCUCAAUCAUUGCGUUAGCGAAAACUGCGACUGCGAGCGAAAAGAAGACAUCCGAUCCGGAAGGUUUGCAAAGUGCAGUGACAUCAGCAGCUUUGGUGACCGUGGAGAGCAAAGAAGCAGCCGUCAGAAUAGGGGCCUCGCUCAGUAGUAUCAACUUGUGGCUGCAGAAGAACUGCGAGGGUUUCGACAAUUUAAAAAGCCCGAUGACCGUGGUUCUCAAAAGAGAGGUGGACGCAGGUCGCAUUCGGAAACUGGACAACGGAAAUUACGUCAUCACCCCCGAGCAAAUCAAAGCCGUUCACGAGGAUGCGAUCAAACCGCUCAAGGUGAUCAAGAAGGUGGAGACAAAGAUCUCGUGCGAGCUCCUCCCACCGUCCCAGACCACGCCCCCUGGCUUUGUCAAACCGGCGAGUUACCAUAACAACGCCCCAGCAUCGUCUGUUGUACAGUCGACCAGUGGCGGGAAAGGGACGAGUGGUCAGCAACACCACAGUGCUGACCCCGGCCCAGCGGGUCCAGUGGUGCCCCAACCUGCCAGACGUGGACGGCCUCCCAAGAACAGGACUGGAUUAGCUCCGCCCCCUCGGAUAGUGACCCCAACGACGGCGCCACCCCCUACAGCGGCUGCAGUUCCUCAGGCCAACAGUGCUGGAGCUUCGAAGCUGAAAAGAAUUCUCACUACAGCUGCCGAUGGUUUGCCUUCAGAGGCAUCAGAGAAAAAGAUGGCAAGGAAGACCGGGUUCUCUGCAGAGCCAGUGUGUGAUUUUUGCCGGCGCAGUUCUCUGAGUAAUGCUGCUGGGGUGCCAGAGAUUCUCCUUUUCUGCAAAGAUUGCACUGCCAGAGCUCACCCGUCCUGCAUGAAAUACUCGCAGUUGCUGGCGUCCCGUGCCUCCAAAGGUCCGUGGCAGUGCAUGGACUGUAAGACAUGCAUCGUGUGUCAAGACCCGGGCAGUCCGACUCGUCAAGUCAUUGGCAUGUCUUGUCUUCAGGACCAGAUGCUUUUCUGUGACGGCUGUGACAAGGGAUACCACAUGAGCUGCCACCAGCCUUCUAUCAACAAGAAACCCUCUGGCAAGUGGGAAUGCUCGGAGUGUAAACUGGAGAAUGCUGCGGCUCAGAGGACGGAUUUCUUGGCUCUGCAGGGGUUGAGGCUGAACGCGAGUGCAGAUUCUUCACCCCCAACGCCUGCUCAGUCUCCAAUCCCUCAUGUAAAUGGAGAUUUUCAUCUGUCCCCACUGGCUGGCUAUGAGAGUGUGUACCCUGAUGCCUCAAACUGGACGGUGGAUGAUGUUGUCAAGUACUUGAGCUCUGUGGGCUUUUCAGAGGAAGCAAAGAUAUUCAGAGAACAGGAAAUCGAUGGUGUCGCAUUACUUCUCUUGAAGAGAGCAGAUGUGCUGAAGGGGUUAGAGCUGAAACUUGGACCAGCACUGAAGAUUAACAGACAUAUUCAAGGUUUACAGAUGUCGCAACAGAAUGCAGCGUGACUCUGUGGUGAAAGGAAAGAAGUGAUUGAAAUGACAAUAUUUUGCUCCACAUUUUAGUAAGGUUGGCCGUUGAUCGACACAUCACCUGUUGAUUUGAUGAAUAAAAUUAUUUCCUCUCUGGUGCCAGUUAUAACUGCUUAGGAAGGGGACUUCAGUAAAACCAUGAUAACAUGAACUUUAUGGGACCAGAGAACUUCUUCAUGUUGUGCAGGUUUACGUGGUUAGAGAAGUUGCAAUGCAUAGAAUAAAAGGUUGAAAAGAGACAGGGAUUUGAUUUUCUUUUAAGGUGACUAGAAUGCCAUGUUAACCCCUUCAUGACACAGGGUGAGUUUGUGCGUCACCGGACACAAUUUUGGGUCUCAAGGGACAAAGAGUAGCGCUGGAUUCAGCGAACCCUUACCUGCAUAUUUAGACCCGGUUUGUAAAUACUGCCAAAAGGGAAAAAGGUAUCUUUGUAUGGAAAAAAACAUUGCUGAAUAUGAAUCUGCAAUUAGUUUUGCGUCGUGCAUCUAAUAAAAGCAGUAUGCCGGAUACAAAUAUGGUGAACAGCUUUUGUCAUCAUGGUCCUCGUGCUUUGCAAGGUGUGACGAAUGCCGUACAUCACAGAAGCAACGUGCCUCCUUCGCCGUAUAAGACAAAAUGAGGUCAUAUAGGUUAUGAAGGGGUUAAGCGGCUUUUUGUUAAACUAAGUCUGAGUACUGUAUUAAUUCUGUGAGAAGCACAUAGUCAAGGGAGCUCUUAAAGUUGAAAGGCCGUAGGAUAUGUCUGUGGAGCCAGUAGAAACAAAAUGAUUCAAAUUAGAAUAACUGCAAAUGGUUGACGGAGAGUUUUUUUUACUCUGUAAAUGAUUCUCAAGCACUAUCAGCCAAAGCAGGCUAUGGUAAUUGCUUCUCUUUUCUUUUCUUUUUUUAUCACAAAUUAUGUCCCUUUUUUCACCCUCCCUGAUACACUCGUAUGUUUAUGUCCAUUUUCUCAUGCCUGCUUUACUUGUUCUCAUUUAUUUUUCUCCUCCCUUUCAAGAUUACUUAAAUGAAAAAAUAUUUUAUGAACUUUUUUUUCAUUUUUGGUGAGAAAAUACAUUAAACUUUACUGUUGGAGAUAACAUUCUUUUAGUAUUGGAUUUCAGUAAUAGUUAUUUUGGGGGCUUUAUGUUGAUGUAGAAAAGUUGUCCAUUUUUGACCCUUCAACCCAGCCCACCUAAGCCUACAUGACCUCUGCACCUGAUCUCCAAACAAUCAACAGGUAAAUGUACUCUCUGUGUGCUGAGUCAUAUAUGUCUGGUACACAGGCGGUUAAAGCUUGUUAAGUAAGCUUUGGCGUGAAGUUUGGUCUGUCGCUUCGAGUUUUCCUCUAUGGUUAUGCAGAAAAUAUAAAUUGGAGAUUACAAUGAGUUUACAGGAUAAAGUCUCAUGUGAUAUGGUACUGUACGCAUAUUGUGUCAUAACAUGGGAUGGCUUGUAACAUAUACACUUGAAAUCAUAAAAGCGAAGCAAACAGAUCUUUGAGAUGCACUUUUAAAAUUGAUUUUAUUUACUUUGACAGUAGAUUGUCAAUUUUCUUUAGCUUUACUGCUUUUAGUUCUAGAAUCAAGUAUUUUUGUUGUACUUUUGCCUGUCCUGCUUGGUAUUGACUUUUCUGUUUAGUUUAAACCUUCGAAGAAGUUAAGUGAUAAAAGCAAAUGAAAUGUGGUGUCAGUUUUGAACAGUAGAUAUUUUUCAGAGCAAACUCUUUUGAACAUGAACUGUUAUUUGAAAACCCUUUUGAAUAGUAUCUGUUUUACAUGGUAGACUGGAAAAAAGAUGCUCUAACUGUUACUGAUAUAAAAAAUAACCUACAAUUGUCAUGAUAUCUUGAGCAAUAAGUUAUGCCUUGAUCUAUGUCUUUUCUUGAUUAGUAAUUAUUUUUGUGUUGCAGAUUUAUUCCCAUCCUUGCUAGAUCUUAACUUUCUGCUCUUUUUAAUUUUGUGCAGGUACUAUUACUAUAGACAAUUUUUGUUGGUUUUACUUUGUUAGGUCUAGUUACAUCGUGGUAAUUUAUUUUGAUUUGAUUGUGGUGUGAAUGUCAUUUUGAUUUUAUUUGAACUGAAUUAUUGAUAGCUUAAUUUUCUUAUUUUGCAGUCACGUUGCAGAUGUCAGCGAACUGAGAUUUGCUCUGUUGUUCAUGUUAUUAAAUAAAGGGGCUUAUCUUAGGUCCUUUCAUAAGAACAACAAUAUCAGCAGUUCAUACAUCCACCAACCCAGAAAUGUCUCAUCAGUUGUUUUGUCUAAUCGGUGGUCUCGUGGUUAGGCUGUUGGGCUUGCAGCUCAAAGGUCACUGGUUUGAACCCCAUUACAGGCCUGACGUUGUCCUUGGGAAAGAAAUAUUUCACUACUUUUCCUCAUUUCACCCAGGUGGGAAUGAAAACCCAGCUAUGGACAGCUUAAAUGACCUUGUCAGUUUGUUACUGUUUGAGCAUUUAUUCAGCUGCUUGCACUAUAUCCUGGCUAGCCAAAAAUGCUGCUGAGUUUGCUGUGGUCUCUUGGGGUAAUAAUAUAAAUUGCAAAGGGCAUAGAGUAUGAUAGAGCUUGCUGUUGAAUGUUGAGUGGUGAUAUGCACAAUACAAAUUCUAUUCC